GACUGCGAGAGUGCGGGCUGCUUUGGUGGCGGUGGCUGCCAGCGCUGGACCGUUUCCCGGGUUGGUGGCUCCUGCACCUUCCAAACCAAAUCAAACCAAACCAAAACACGUCUCCACUCCUCUUUCGUCAGCACAAAGAUUAAACUUGACAGAAGAAUGCAAUCGAGUGAUGGCUUGCUUUUAGAAUUUGAAUAUGGAGGCCACAGGAACAGAUGAAGUUGACAAGCUAAAAACUAAAUUUAUAUCUGCUUGGAACAACAUGAAAUAUAGUUGGGUGUUGAAAACAAAGACAUAUUUUAGUAGAAACUCCCCUGUUUUAUUGCUUGGAAAAUGUUACCAUUUUAAAUAUGAAGAUGAAAAUAAACUGAUACCGGCAAGAUCAGGCUGCACAAAAGAAGACCACGUAAUAGCAGGAAACGUCGAAGAAUUUCGCGAAGAUUUCAUCUCAAGAAUAUGGCUGACCUACAGGGAAGAAUUUCCUCCAAUAGAAGGCUCAACCUUGACAACAGACUGUGGUUGGGGCUGUACAUUGAGGACUGGUCAGAUGCUGUUGGCCCAGGGCCUCCUACUACACUUUCUUGGUAGAGCAUGGACUUGGCCAGAUGCUUUGAACAUUGAAAAUUCAGACUCUGAUUCUUGGACUUCCCAAACUGUAAAAAAACUGACUGCAUCUUUUGAGGCAUCACUCUCCGAGGAAAGAGAACUCAAAACCCCCACCAUUUCUCUGAAGGGAACAAUGGGGAGAUACUCCGAUGAUCGUGAAAUGCAAAAUGAAAUGUAUCAUAGGACAAUCAUCUCCUGGUUUGGCGACUCCCCCCUGGCUCUCUUCGGUUUACAUCAGCUCAUAGAAUAUGGGAAGAAAUCGGGCAAAAAAGCUGGAGAUUGGUAUGGACCAGCUGUGGUAGCUCACAUCUUAAGAAAAGCAGUUGAAGAAGCAAGACACCCUGAUUUACAAGGACUAACAAUUUAUGUUGCACAAGAUUGUACAGUUUACAGUUCCGAUGUCAUUGACAAGCAGCGCCCUUCCCUGUCCUCUGGGAACAGAGACGACAAGGCCGUGAUUAUUCUAGUUCCUGUCAGACUUGGUGGAGAAAGAACCAAUAUUGAAUACUUGGAGUUUGUCAAGGGUGUUUUAAGCCUUGAAUAUUGUGUGGGGAUUAUUGGUGGCAAACCCAAACAGUCAUAUUACUUUGCCGGAUUUCAAGAUGACAGUUUGAUUUACAUGGAUCCUCAUUACUGCCAGUCUUUUGUAGAUGUCAGCAUAAAGGAUUUCCCUCUCGAGACAUUCCACUGCCCUUCUCCCAAGAAGAUGUCCUUUCGGAAGAUGGACCCCAGCUGUACCAUAGGAUUUUACUGUCGAAAUGUUCAGGACUUCCAGCGAGCUUCUGAAGAAAUCACUAAGAUGCUGACUAUUUCUUCUAAGGAGAAAUAUCCCUUGUUUACUUUUGUGAACGGUCAUUCAAGAGACUAUGAUUUCACAUCUACUACCGCCAAUGAAGAAGACCUUUUUUCGGAGGAAGAAAAGAAAAGAUUGAAACGAUUUAGCACGGAGGAGUUUGUUUUGCUUUAAAGAUAUGCACAUUUUUGCUUGGUGAGAAGAACUCCUUUGACAGGAUAAAAAUGAAGAAAAACAUGUACUUAAAACUGGUUUAUUUUCACAAAAAUCUUUAAUUUUAUAUGUUCUUUUAAAAAAAAGAACAUUUGAAAAUAUACACAUUUUAAAGCUAUUUUUCUGAAUGAGAAGUGAUUUAAUGAAUCUUGAUUUCUAAUAAACAUAAGUGACUCUGCUAAUGAUAACUACUUUACCUGCAACACUGCCAGUCUUCAGAUUCUUACAGCUGAGGCCACAAGUCACCAAAAUGGUUUGUGAUAUUGGUCCCCAAAUUGGGAUAAUCAGAUAGUUUUUUUUUUUAAUACGAUUGAACCAAAAAGCCAGAGAAUGAAUCUUCGGUCCUAGUGUCCUGAUAUUAAUGCAACCAAAGGAUAUUCUUGGAUCUAUCUUGAUCUAUUAUGUAGUAAGCGUUAGUGUGAUUGGCACAGUUACAUACAUAAGCAGAAUUGUGAGUUCAGGAAAUACUCAGUGUGAUUUUAUAAUGACUCCUCAUUUUGCUUGCUGUUGAGCCUUCUUUGUGGAGUCAAUACAAAAUAUUGGUUUCCCCCAGAUAUAUAGGGUAUUAAUAAUAACCGUAUCCCGUCAACUGAGAUAAAGGCAUUUAUAAGACAGGAGUGGUGUUUGUACCCUAUUUCAAAAAUGAAUUGAAGAGGAUCUCUAUUUAUUAUACAGUUCUCUAAAUCUAAAGAUACUACCAAGCUGUCAAUAGCUGCUCCCUGUGUGGUUUUUGCUAUUUGUGUAAAUCAGUGUAGUGGUGUUAGAAGCUCAGGCCAUCUCUGAGGUAAGUCCGCCAUGUUUAUUAUGUGCUACUUGUAGGUUAAUUUGUGAUAUAAAAAAUAUGAGUUAUUAUUGAGUCAGCCUUCUAAAAUGAAUA